GAAAAACUCGCUCUCACUCAAUGAGGACUCAGAUUUUCAAAUUCCCCGUCAAGGCCGCAAAGACCUCUCUGUGCCUCAUCGCCGCCACCGGUGUCGCCACCGUCACUUUCCAAACCAUAAUCCCUAACUCUGUCUCCUCUCCCCAUGACUCUCCGUUUGUUUCCACAUCUUUGUCAGGCAACGUUAGGGCAGCACUGAACGGCGUCGUUCGCUCAUCUCGCGCUCUCUUCACGAUCACUUCCGUUGUUGUUGACUACAAGUAUUCUUUACACGGCCUGUCCGCCGAUUCAGAUGAUUAUCUUCGCACGCUUUCCGAGGUUCAUCUCCGUUCAGCAAAGAGGAUUUUAAGAUUAUGUGAGGCCAAUAAAGGUUUCUAUGUGAAAGCUGGUCAGUUUGUUGCAGCCCUUGCGCAGGUCCCAAAAGAAUACUCAUCAACUCUGUCAUCAUUGCAGGAUCAGGCGGUUCCUUGUUCCUUCAAGGCUAUAGAAAAAGUGCUAAUCAACAAUCUGGGACGGGAUUUGUCAGAGAUGACAUUUCAAAAGUACAUCCCAAUGUGAUUAUAAUUCCUG